ACCGUAGAGAUAACAACUGUAGAGAAAUCCCCCAUUUCCCCAAACCCUUUGCCCUUGCUCGUCCUGCGGUUGUAUUCUGGAGCACGAUAAGAAUUCCGCUGACGUUACAUCUCCUCUCCCAAACCAGCCGGCCACACCAAAUUCUUUCCAAAUUUUCAGUUUCAGUUCUGACAACAGGAAAGUAGGAAGCCGAGGGAACAAAAAAAAAAAAAAGAAGGAAAUCCUCACCGAAGCAAUACACAAAAAAUGGCCGUUUCCACUUUACCUCAACUCUGAAGUGUAGCCGGCUCUCUCAAUCCCCAAAUCGUUUCUCAAAAAAGGGAUAAAGAAAACCGGAGAACGGAGUCCCGUAGAGGACUAAAAGCAUCGACCAUGGCCACGACUACGACGAGCCUUGGCACGGGAGGCGAGGACCGGGUCAUGGCGACGGCUCAGCAGAUCGUGAAGAGUCUCAACACUCCAAAAGAGGUUCGUGAAGACAUGCUCUUGAUUUUCUCGAGCUUCGACAACCGUUUGUCCAACAUCUCCGAUUUAAUCAACGACGACUCCAAGAAAACUGGCGUCCGCUUCGACGCCGCCGAGAAAGUUAUCCUUCGGUGGGACUCUUCCUCCUCCAACCCUGACGCUUCCCGCCACUCUCUCCCUUGGGAAGACUCUCCCGAUGAAGCCACCGAGUACCUCUCGGCUGUUGACGAAAUCCUUCAAUUGGUUGUAGAUAUGUCGAUUCGGUCCAAUAACGAAAUCAUGGACCGGGCUGAGACCGCUAUUCAGAUGGCCAUGUCGAGACUGGAAGAUGAGUUUCGACUUAUUCUGAUUAGGAAUACCGUCCCGCUUGAUUCCGAUAGGCUUUACGGUUCGAUCCGGAGGGUUUCCCUUUCUUUCGCCGCGAAUGAAGGGGAAAUUGAUGAGGAAUUCGAGAGUUUUGGAGAGGUCGAUAGCGAAAGAGGGUGCUUUCACGAGCGAGGAGCGAGUUUGGGAGAUGAUUUGUGUGUGGAUUUGAUAAAUGCUGAUGCUGUUGUGGAGUUGAAAGAAAUUGCAGACCGGAUGAUCCGGUCCGGGUAUGAAAAAGAGUGUGUUCAAGGUUAUAGUAGUGUUAGGCGUGAUGCUUUGGAUGAGUGUCUGGUGAUUCUCGGAGUUGAGAAGUUGAGUAUUGAGGAAGUUCAGAAGAUUGAGUGGAGAGCUUUGGAUGAAAAGAUGAAGAAGUGGAUUCAGGCUGUUAAGAUUACUGCUAGGGUUCUUCUGAAUGGGGAAAAAAGGCUUUGUGAUCAAAUUUUUAAUGGGUCCGAUUCAAUUAAAGAGAUUUGUUUUAAUGAGACAGCUAAAGGGUAUAUAAUGCAGUUGCUGAAUUUUGGGGAAGCUGUGGCGAUUGGGAAAAGAUCAUCUGAGAAGCUGUUUAGGAUUUUGGAUAUGUAUGAUGUGCUGGCAGAUGCAUUGCCGGAUUUUGAGAUGAUGAUAAUAGAUGAAUUUGUGUGUAGUGAGGCCAAGGGAGUGCUGGCUGGAUUAGGGGAUGCAGCGAAAGGGACUUUUGUGGAGUUUGAGAAUGCUGUGAAGAAUGAGGCUUCAAAGAAACCUAUGCAGAAAGGGGAGAUUCAUCCUCUUACACGUUAUGUGAUGAAUUAUGUGAAACUGCUUGUGGAUUAUUGUGAGACUUUGAACUCGUUAUUAGAGAGUGAUGAGGAUGAAGCAGAUGGAUUGCGGAAUGAAGAUAGUGAGUUGGACACUAUGACUCCAUUCGCUAAACGGUUGUUGUUGUUGAUAUCCUCUUUGGAAUCCAAUCUUGAGGAGAAAUCGAAACUUUAUGAGGAUGGUGCAUUACAUUGUACAUUUUUGAUGAAUAAUAUUUUGUAUAUAGUGCAGAAGGUGAAGGAUUCUGAGCUAGGAAAGCUUUUGGGAGACAAUUGGGUUCGUAAGCGGCGGGGUCAGAUACGCCAGCAUGCUACAAGUUAUCUUAGGGCUUGUUGGACCAAAGCUCUCAACUGUUUGAAGGAUGAAGGAGUUGGUGGUAGCUCUAAUAAUGCUUCCAAGGUAGCCUUGAAGGAAAGAUUUAAGAGCUUCAAUGCAUGUUUUGAAGAAAUAUACAGGAUUCAGACAGCUUGGAAGGUCCCAGAUCCUCAACUUCGUGAAGAACUUCGAAUUUCUAUAUCAGAAAAAGUAAUUCCUGCUUACCGCUCCUUCAUGGGGAGGUUUGGGAGUCAGCUGGAGAGUGGAAGGCAUGCUGGAAAAUACAUUAAGUAUACACCAGAGGAUUUAGAAAAUUAUCUAUUGGAUUUGUUUGAAGGAUCACCUCUUGUUCUUCACCAUAUGAGAAGAAAGGGUACAUAAGAUACAGGACUCUUGGUACAGGUAUGGACCUUGCGCUCAUGAAGGAUUAGCUGGAGCAAGAGUUCACCUAUUUAUGUAUCUGAUGACAUGUUUUUUAUUCUGUCUGUUUGAUGUUAUAAACACAGGUUUUUGUGAAAGUUAACUGUCAUCCCUUUAUAUACUGUAUCUUGUACAUGGUUUAUAGUCUAUAGUUUCUUUUA